AUGUUAUACAACGGUUCACUGGAUUUGCCAGAACCAAAGCCUUUACCAGGACAAAAUACACCAACUCCAUAUGUAUUUGUUGGAGACGAAGCGUUCCCGCUAAUGAGAAAUUUAAUGCGACCAUAUCCUCAAGCGAGAGUUGCUGGUAGUUAUCAAAACAAGGUUUUUAAUUAUAGACUAUCUCGGGCUAGACAAACAGUAGAAAGUGCCUUCGGUAUAUUAGCAGCUAGAUUCCGGGUGUACAAGAGACCAUUUGAAUGUAAAUUGGAUACCAUCGAUAAAAUAGUGCUAGCCACAAUUGUGCUUCAUAAUUAUUUGAGAACUAAGAUUCUCUCGAUUGCCACUGGCCAGGAAGAAAAUGAUGAAGUGUUGACUAAUUCUCAUGAAAAUCAUUUCAUUCCCUUAGCACUAAACCGAACUCGCAAUUCUACUGAAGCAUUUAAUAUUAGGCAGAAGUUUACUGAGUGUUUCAAUUCUGCAGAUGGAUCUGUUGAAUGGCAACGAAGAGCGAUAGAAAGAGGACAAUUUUAG